AUUUAACAUAUAUUUGUGAAAAUCAGUACAAAGUGUGCGAAAAUGUCUUAUUUAUGAUACAAAUGGGGAAACAAAUAGUGAUUUGAAUAGUAAUUAAAUUAAACGAAAUGUUUUUAACUGCUAUUCAGACGACUCAAUGAAAUGCCGGUUCGGAGGCAAUCCAAAGAAGAUAAUUGUCUGAAUGAGACAAACGGUGGUGAAGUGAUAGCCACCAACUCAUCGCUCGAGACCACAGAAUUGGAUCCAAACCCAGAGCGCGAUGUGUCGGAAGUGGUGAGCCGUCGAGGAGGAGGUGGUGGUGAUGAGGAUGUGCCGGAAGUGUGUGCUCUGAACCGGACGUACAGUCGGACUAUGAGUCGGCAGAAGAGUCACCUGGGAAGCGGUGCUUCGCGUCCAUCACUCAUCUCACACCACAUGACAUACGGCGUGGACGGCGACUACGACAGUCUGGACGCCCUCCCAGACCACAUGACCUUCACUUUGCUGGACGUGUUCGCCAUACUCUUCUCCAUCGGCAGCUUCCUCUUCGACAUCGGCACUGACAUAGCGGUCGCUGCCUUCCAUUAUCUCAACCAAGACUAUUGGUACUUCUAUCUGACGAUGGCGUUUGUAAUGUUGCCGACUCUGGUGAUGACCGGCAUAUCCAUGCGCUGGUAUAUCGUGGACUCGCGCGAGGAGGGCUCCCCUCCCACAUCGAAAUGUCAAUGGAUUAUGAGAUUUAUAUUUUUAUUGCUACAAUUGGGACCAAUUCUGCGAUAUUUCGAUUCACUUAUGUAUGGAUUGAAGUUCAGACAAACGAGUAAUAACUCGAGAGAAAUGAAGGAAACGAAGAAGAAAUACUUCCAAUAUAUGGUAUACGAAGACACGGACGCAGCGAUGUUGAGGCUAUUUGAGUGCUUUAUGGAGGCGGCGCCACAACUGGUCCUUCAGAUCUAUAUUCUAGCGAAGGGUAACGACCACUCGCCUGACAACUGGACCGUUGUGGCUCAAAUAGUGGCUGUGUUGGCAUCGUUAGUGUCGCUCUCGUGGUCACUGGUCUCAUAUCAUAGGGCAUUACGUCUGUCAUUACCUGAUAAGGCGAACAUGACUUGGCCCGGAAUCACUGUUCAGUUUAUUUGGCGAUUCUUUUCGAUCGCAUCGCGAGUGUUAGCUCUGGCGCUCUUCGCCAGUGAAUUCCGGUUCUAUAUAAGCAUUGUUUGUGUCAUUCAUUGGCUUAUUAUGUUCUUAUGGAUCGUAUCCAUGAAAACCAAGUUUUGUGAUAAUCAAUGCGAAGAACUUGGAUAUAAUGCAGUGUUGGGCGUAAUGUUUAUAUUCUGUUACUUCAAUCCAGUGGACAGACCCACUCGACGCCGAUAUACAUUAUAUUACACUUUCAUAUUCUUCGAGAAUAUUAUAUUAAUGACUCUUUGGUACACACAUUGCGAUGACCUUAAGUGGUAUAAAAUGAUUGCAAUGUACGGACAUUUUGCCAGCUUCUUUGUCGGACUCUGCGUUAUGAAUCUGUAUUACUUGCGUUUCCAUCCGAGCCGUAGUAUUGUCUGUUGUCGUGAAACUAAUGACACGAGUGAUAGUGAACUGUCAAAACGGGCGCAAUUGAAGCGCAAAUUUAAUGCCUCCAGUGUUAAGGUUAAGUGGAAUAAAGAGGUCUUUUCGGACGUCGAGUUAACCACUGAUGAGCCGCCCGUUGUCUUCAAAGCCCAGUUGUUUGCGUUGACUGGCGUUCAGACGGAUCGCCAGAAACUGCUGUUCAAGGGAUCCACAGUUAAGGACGACGACUGGAACAACAUUCAACUCAAAGAUGGAAUAACUCUUCUACUGAUGGGAACCAAAGAGGAGUUACCGGAAGCGCCCAAAGAGCAGGUGGUGUUCAUGGAGGACAUGAAUGAGCACGAGUUGGCCUCCGCUCUGCAACUGCCCGCAGGUCUCACUAAUUUGGGAAACACUUGUUAUAUGAACGCAACGGUUCAGUGCCUCAGAACUGUUCCCGAACUCAUCGAUUGUCUCAAGAACUAUUCGGGACGUCUGGCCAUAAGUGAGGGCUCACUGGAAGCGUCGCAGAAUCUGACGAUUGCUUUGCGCGAUCUCUACGAAGCGAUGGACAAGUCGUCGACAAUCGCGCCCUUGAUUUUGCUUCAAGUGCUUCACAUGGCUUUCCCCCGCUUUGCCGAGAAGGGAGAGGGCGGCGCUUUCGUGCAACAGGACGCCAACGAGUGCUGGACUGAACUCAUUCGUAUGCUGCAGCAAAAGCUCAGACUCACCACCGGAACCGCCAACAACUUCAUCGACCAAUACUUCAGCGGAACCUUUGAUGUCGAGAUGAAGUGCAAUGAAUGCGAAGACGAAAGUCCCGUCUAUUCAACGGAAAAUUUUCUUCAAUUGAGUUGUUUUAUAUCUACCGAUGUCAAGUACUUACAAUCGGGUCUUAACUUAAGACUUAAAGAGACGAUUGAAAAGUUUUCUCCGACUUUGAACGCGAACGCCAAUUACGAGAAGAUCAGUAAAAUAAGUCGAUUGCCGGCAUAUCUGGCCAUUCAGUUCGUCCGCUUCUUCUACAAAGAGAGGGGUUCUGUGAACGCGAAGAUUCUCAAAGACAUCAAAUUCACUCUCAAUUUAGAUGUGUUUGAGUUGUGCACUCCAGCUCUCCAGGAGAAGUUGAUUCCAAUGCGACAGAAGUUUAAAGAGAUUGAAGACAAAAAACUCGAGGAAUCGGUGACUAAAGGCAAACUCAAACCAGAAGACGAGGCGAAAGGCAAACACCGACACAACUAUUCUUUUGACGGCGACGUCGGCUCUAAUAACAGCGGCUUUUAUGAGUUGCAGGCAGUGCUCACACAUAAGGGACGGUCCAGUUCUAGCGGCCAUUAUGUCGGUUGGAUUAGAAAGAAAGAGGACGAAUGGUUCAAAUGCGAUGACGACGUCGUCUCUUCUGUUCCGUCUGAAGAGAUUUUGAAGCUUUCGGGCGGAGGUGACUGGCACUGCGCUUAUGUUCUACUCUACGGCCCCAGGAUUUUAUUCACUGACGAGCCGCCAAACCCUUCACAAAUUCAGACUAUCCAACAGUAGUCUCAUUAAAUAAACAUAACUUUAAUUUAAUUUUUCAAUUUUAUGUCUAUUACUCAAC